AUGAGAAAACAUGAGGUGAGGACGGGUAGCUAUCAAGUGUCAAAAGCAGAGUCUGAUAUCACCGCGAGGAAAUUGUGGGAUCGUUUUCUUAUCAUAUGGAGUGUUAUCUGUGGCGACGUCUCCCUCGGUCGGGUAUCUCCAGCGCAGAUAGGACGUGCGGCUAUCGACUAUGGCGUGGCUGUAUCUAAUGCAGCCGACAUCUGUGUAUAUGUACAUGUCAAUGCAUGUCAGAGCCAGUCGCUGUGCAUGUAUCUGUGCAUUGUCCGUGGUCCGAUAUGUGGUCUGUUCAUGGAUAGCCUUGCGCUGCCUUGGAAGUUGAAAAGCUCCUUGCCCUUGAUGCAGCUGUCUGGGCGCGUCCCCAACAAAGGGGGGGCGUGGCGGAUCGCCUCAACCGCGGGCGAACAGGAUCUUCACCGCGUGCUGGCCCGUGCGCCGAGGGGCCAGAACCCGGUGCCGACUCUCCGACGAGAUGGAUGGGCCAUGACGGGACUAGCGCGGUAA